CGUUUGUUUACCUUCACGUUUCGCAAGCAAAUCUAAACGGUCCGUAAAAACCCGCUAGUACACGAAGGAGAAGUGUUUUAAAUCAAUUACAUGUGAACGAAAUUGCGUGUGUGCGUUUUUUUAGUCCGUGUUUUGUGUAAAUGUGAAAGGUGAAAGGUGAUAUUGUGGGCUGGUUAACCUCUCAUGAAACAUGGCCGAGGCCGAACAGCAGCCAGGCUCCUGUCCUAAAGAUGACGUGCAGCACAUCCCUGCCAACCUCAGCUUCAUGGUCCCCAAGAAGGAGAUCCACAUGGUGCCCGACAUGGGCAAGUGGAAACGCUCGCAGGCGUACGUUGAUUACAUUGGCUUCAUCCUGACUCUGAACGAAGGGGUGAAGGGGAAGAAGAUCACGUGUGAAUACAAAGUAUCAGAGAGUAUUGAGAAUCUGCUGGCUCUGCUCAAUACCCUGGACCGGUGGAUCGAUGAGACCCCUCCCAUAGACCAGCCCUCUCGGUUUGGGAACAAAGCCUUCCGGCUCUGGUACACCAAGCUGGAUCAGGAGGCUGAGAAUCUGUUGCGCUCGGUGAUCCCCCCGGCUCUCGGUGCUGCUGUCCCUGAGGUCGCGCUGUAUUUGAAGGAAGCUGUUGGGAACUCCACCAGAAUAGACUACGGGACAGGGCACGAAGCAGCCUUUGCUGCCUUCCUGUGCUGCCUGUGUAAGAUCGGGGUGCUGAGGGUGGACGACCAGCUCGCCAUCGUCUUCAAAGUGUUUGACAGGUACCUGAAGUUGAUGCGCAAGCUGCAGAAGACGUAUCGGAUGGAGCCGGCGGGCAGCCAGGGGGUCUGGGGGCUGGACGACUUCCAGUUCCUACCCUUCAUCUGGGGCAGCUCCCAACUCGUAGAUCAUCCGACUCUGGAGCCCCGGCACUUUGUUGAUGAGAAGAUAGUAAACGAACACCACAAAGACUACAUGUUCAUGGAGUGUGUCAAGUUCAUUAACGAGAUGAAGACGGGCCCGUUCGCUGAGCACUCCAACCAGCUGUGGAACAUCAGCGCCGUCCCCACCUGGUCCAAAGUCAACCAGGGACUCAUCCGAAUGUACAAGGCAGAGUGUCUUGAAAAGUUCCCAGUGAUCCAGCACUUCAAGUUUGGCAGCCUGCUCCCUAUCUUGUCCGUCAAGCCCUGAGAAAACACACCGAUAGAUAAAUAAAGUCUAUAAGUGAAUGGAUGAAUUGCAGAGUGGGUGCCUUUGUUUCGCAAGCUUCUACAGUAAAGACGCUGUAAAUAUAAUUCCCUUCCCCACAUGUCUUAGUCUAAACUUCUGCAUACUUCAGUGCAGCCUCGUUUGGUUUCACUUCUCACAAUCUUUAUUGACUCAAACACAGAAGUGGUAUGGCAAAACCUCCUAGUAAAAUAGAAUGGUGUACAUAGUUUAGGGGAAUAGAAAAGUGAGAGAAUAGUUUGUUUUAUUGUUCUUUGUGUUAAUAACAUGCAGGAGCUCGGAACCAGUGUGUGUGUGUUAAAGUCUUUAUGCAUUCUCAGCCUCUUCCAAAACCCUUUCACUUGAAGCCAAUUUAACCAUCACAGCGAUUGUGAUGUCUCUAAAAUACCAAUUCUAAUUCCUUGGAAAGAAUUUGGAAUCAGAACUGGAACUGGAAUUGGAGGGCUUGGGGCUCCAGGGCUGGGCAGGCUGACAUGAUGGAUUGAAAUCCCAGAGUUACUGGUUUCGUCCCAUCAGGAGAUGUAAAGAUCUUCAAAGUUUCACUGAAAGGAGAUGCUCUGUGUGUGUGUGUGUGUGCGCGCUGUCACUUGCAGUUAUUAAUUUUUUAUUUUGUAUUUAAAAAUCAGCACCAAUGUAUUGAGCAUGACCUGAUAGCAUGUACAUGUGUCAAUAAAUUUAAUAAAAAAGAGUGUGCAAUGUGUUUGACUGAA